AUCCGAGAGCACUCGAGUGACGUUUCCGAACGCAGCCAAGGAACAGACUUUCCGUGACAUUAGCGUUGGAUCGCUGGAUGUUGGUUGCCAUGUCUGAUUAGUUACCAAAUUCAUUUUAUUUACAUUUUACCGUUAAGACGCAUGAAUUUUGAAGUUUUAAUUUCAAAGAGUUGAGAAGAGAUCGAGAGAUAAAAUUUCAUGUGAUGGAGCUGAAAACGAAGCAAAUGAGAAAACUGCUGGAGUUUUUACGACAGCAGGUAAACAAGUUGUACCUGUUACUGAUUGGUGCUUCUGUUAAUCCAUCAGAGAUUUUAACUGCAAAGUCAAUACUUUACGAACAAUUGCACUCUUUAACUCAGAGAUUUAACAAUUUAGUAAGCGACGAUAAUUACGAUUGUGAAGAAGCAAAUGUAAAGUUUGCUGAUGCUGCAACAAAUUUGAAAUAUACUUCUCUAUUGAAAAAUGUUGAUGAGCUUAUCAAAGAUAUUAAGUGCGACAAUAUUGAUAGUGAUACAGUCAAACACAAGAUAGAAUUACUGCUUGAUAAUUUUGGAUUAGCUUUGCGAGAAUUGGAAGAUUUAGAAUGCUUACCAUUGAAGCAGAGACUCCAAGAUUGCCUAGAUUAUGUUAAAGAAAUGAGCAUGGCCAAUGAGAUUGAGGAUCUUCAAAAUAUAAAGGAACUGGGCACUUCAAUAUUGGAAAUUCUCGAACCACUACAAAAUUACAGAAAAAGUUUAGUGUCUGGUUUUUUAUCACAGAAACUAGCUUUAUAUACUUCUCAACUGUGCACAUCGUUUGAGAUGCUAGUACAUCUGGCACAAGAGCAGCAUCAGCUAAAUGCACCAAUUUAUACUUGUAAGAAGUAUAUUUGCGAAAGAAUAUGCACUUGCUGCGAGAUGACUUUGAACUUGCUGAAUGAUUCCAAUCCAUCAUUGGAAAAAGAAACGUGUGAAAGAGAAAAUCAUUUUGUCUACAGAAUGGAUUUGGCAUUAGACAUUAUAUUAGAAAUACCGAAAAAACCAUAUGAAGAACAAUUGUCCGAAUGCACAGAACUGUGGUUGAGGCUGGAGGAUGUCUUCUCUCAUGCUAUGGCGAUUACCCAAGUGUGUCAGCCAUAUAAUUUUAAAGCCAUAACGGGUUCCUGCCAGUCCAUAGUGUUGGAAUAUGAGAAAUUAAAACAGCAAUUGCUAUCGGAGGUUCCAGAUUCGGCAUUAAAUAAUUUGUUUAUGCAUACCUUGACUGAUGCUCUUUACCGUUUGGAACGUAAAGUUAAUAUAGCUAUAUUGACGCUCGCGAUGGAAGUAUUUAGCAAUCCCUACGUAGCCUUGAAGAAACUCGUUAUGACGUGUGGAAAUUCGUUGAGCGCGAAAAGAAGAUCGAAGAGUGAUUUAAAUGAUCUCAUAGAAGACUUUGAUCAACUUUUUGAUCAAACCAUGCAGAUUGGAAUAUUUGCAAUUGCUUGUUGCAAAGACAAGAAUCGCAAUAACAAAAUUCGCAAUUGUCUCGCAGGAUUCGAAUCCUUAGAAACUGAAUUGAUCUCUGCCAUAACUGCCUUUUAUCUACAUCCAGAUAAUAAAGAGAUGCGUGCCAGUGUUAAGUUGUUAACUACACAAUGGCAGCUAGAAAUGAAUAAGUUUCAGAAUGCCGUAAAUCUCAUUAUAAAUUCGGCUGCUUUCUGUCAAGUAGUUAUGGACAGUCUUCAGGAACGUAUAACAACCAUCUCCGAUUGUCUCGAUAACAGAGAACUGGUUACACAAUCGCAAGUACAAGGUAUCGUUCAACGUGCUUCAGCUUUAUCUAGUCAAAUCACGGCGAUCGUAAAUGACAUCGGCACUGAGAAUAUCGAUCGUCAAACAAUAAUGAUGACGAGAGAAUUGAAAGCAGCUAUAUUUGAAGCCAAUGCAGCUGCCAAAACCCUUCUAGUAGAAAAUGCAACAGAGCCUCAACAAUUGCGAGUGAUAAAACGAUGCGAAUUGAUAUUAAAUGUCGUUCAAAGAUUACAACCCGCCUUGUCUACAAUUAUGAAUAAUACGACGCGUGAAAAAUCUGCGCGAGGCCAAGGAGACAUCAGUCACGGUAACAUAUCGAACGCCAUGAAUUUUCCAUCUACAAUUUAUGGUUUACCGCGCGAUGAAAAUAGUUUAAUUUAUAUUAGAACACCUUAUACAGUAAAAACACAUAAACAGCAAGUAUCCAUUCAAACGGCAAACAGUGUAGUACAGAAACCGUCGGAUCUGUCAUAUUUGAUACCUUAUAUAAAGAACGGUCGUGCAUUGCGCAGCGAGCAUUCCAUAAUGUACAACACACCGUAUAAAAAUAGGAAUGUAACACAGGAACCUGCUGUUAAAAAUGAAAUGUCUUCUAGAAAUCUGUCUAGCAUUAGACAACAUCUUUUUAGCAGAGAUAGCUUUAGCUUUCACACAGAUUUUGAUAUAACUGAGGAAAGCAUGGAUUUAACAGCUGUUUUAGAAAAGAUCAUUUCGUCUACAUCGGGAAACGCAACGUUCUCGUCGUAUCAAUUCUCAAAAGUAGAAAACGUAUCCUCGGAAAGCACGAACAAAGAUUCGGUUUUCAACAUCGUAGAAAAACUGUGUCAAACUAUUCGACCGGAAACGGAAAGUUGUAUUAAUAAAUCCGCGAUAACGGACAAGAUGAGCGAAUGUACCAUAUCUGGUGGCGGCGACGCGUCCUUAAUCAUGGAAUCGUGUCAAAAGCUCAAUAGCACUCGACUGCCAAACAAUAAGUCGACCUUGGAACAACGUGAGGUAUAGAGAGAAAACGUAUAUUUUUUUAAAAUGUUGAACAUUUAAGUAUUAACGUAAUUUUUAAUUGAUAGCAUUUAAGGUUGGAUGGUUACAUUGAUGUGUAAUUAUAAGUGAGUUAUAGUGUAUCGAUUACACGUACCAUUAUAUAAUUUAAUUACAUUAAUAAAAUUUCAAUUUCAAUUGUAAAUGUUAAAUUUAAUCGAAAAUUUUAUAUUGCGACAUAAAAGAAGUUUAAACAAA